AGCACUAAUAGAAAUUUAACAAGUUUCUCAACCUCUCUUUUUGAAAAUAUAUUUUUCUGCAAAGAUAUGAAUAGCAGUGUGGAUGGCCACAAAUCUCCAAUGGAGAAAACGGUUCACAUAGCAAUUGUUACUAGUCCUGGCUUCAGCCACUUGGUCCCAAUUGUUCAAUUCUCAAAGAGACUUGUUCAUCUCCAUCCACACUUUCAUGUCACAUGCUUAAUUCCCUCACUUGGGUCCACCCCAAGUGCCUCAAAAUCCUUUCUUCAAACUCUUCCACCAAACAUCAACUCCAUCUUUCUUCAACCCGUGAACCCUGAGGAUCUACCACAAGGGGAUGCCAUAGAAACCCAAAUUCAGUUCACAGUGACACUCUCUCUUGCAUCUAUACACGAGGCCUUGAAAAACUUAACUUCAAGCACUCCCUUUGUGGCCUUGGUGGUUGAUUCUUUCGCCUUUGAAGCAUUAGAUUUUGCUCAAGAAUUCAACUUGUUGUCCUAUAUUUACUUCCCUGCAUCAGCAACAACACUUUCUUGGUACUUCUAUGUGCCCACGUUGGACAAGGAAACAUCAUGUGAGUACAGAGAUUUUCAUGAGCCUAUUGAGAUACCGGGUUGUGUUCCAAUUCAAGGCAGGGAUCUCAAUAACCAAUCUCAAGAUCGAUCAAGUCAAGUUUACAAACUCUUUCUAGACCGGGUUCAGCGGUUCCUUUUGGUUGAUGGGAUCUUUGUUAAUAGCUUCUUGGAAAUGGAAAAGGGUCCCAUAGAAGCAUUGAAAGAUGAAGAAAGGGGGUACCCUUGUGUGUAUCCUGUUGGACCAAUUGUUCAAAGUGGUGAUGAUGCAAAAGGGUUGGACUUGGAGUGUCUAAAAUGGUUGGACAAACAGCAAGUUGGUUCGGUGUUGUAUGUUUCUUUUGGGAGUGGUGGAACAUUGUCACAAGAACAAGUGAAUGAGUUGGCUUAUGGUUUGGAGUUGAGUAAUCAUAAGUUCUUAUGGGUUGUGAGAGCACCAAGUGGUUUGGCCAGUGAUGCUUAUCUUAGUGCAAAAAAUAAUGUUGAUCCGUUGGAAUUUUUACCAUGUGGGUUUUUGGAGAGAACCAAAGAGCAAGGUGUGGUUAUUCCUUCAUGGGCACCUCAGGUUCAAGUUCUUAGCCAUAGUUCAGUUGGUGGGUUUUUGACUCACUGUGGUUGGAAUUCAAUUCUUGAAAGUGUGUUGAAUGGUGUUCCACUCAUCACAUGGCCACUGUUUGCGGAGCAGAGAAUGAAUGCGGUUGUGCUGAGUGAGGGUCUCAAAGUGGGAGUGAGGCCAAAACUUAAUGAAAAUGGGUUGGUGGAAAGGGAAGAAAUUGUUGAGGUGAUUAAGUCUCUAAUGAAAGGGGAAAAAGGUGUGGAAUUGAGAAAAAGAAUAAAAGAAUUGAAAGAAGAUGCUAUUAAUGCAAUCAGGGAAGGUGGAUCUUCUACGAAAACCCUUUCUCAGUUGGUAUUAAAGUGGAAAAGUUUGGUAUAAGAAAAUAAAUUUUAUGAAAUGCUUUGGUGGGGGUCUUGGCUUUUAUUUUCCCUUUUUUUUUCCUCUAUCUCUCUCUUCUUCUUUUUUUUUUUUUUUUUUUUUUUUUUUUUUCUGAUUCUACUGCUUUCUAAUGAUUGUCAAUCACUGGAUUGUUGGCAUCAAUCUAUGUUACAUGCAAAAUUCUGAUCUAGAAUAUGAUCCAUCAUGAUUAUUGA